CAGAAUUUGACAGUUUUAUCAAGGCGGUGAAAUAAACAUCAACAUAAAAAAAAUUAUAUAACCUAAAGGUGAAUAUUUCGUUGAUUGAAGUUGAAGUUAAAAGGUUAGAAAUACCGUUCCCUCUUCACAUUUACAACUAUUUACUGUUAGAAAUCUAAUAUGGUGUAUACGGAGGAAUAUAUCAAAGAAAAGUUAACAAAAGAGCUUGACGCGGUUCAUGUUGAAGUUUUAGAUGACAGCGACGGUUGUGGUGCAAAAUUUUCCGUUCUAGUUGUCUCUGAUAAGUUUCAGGGAAAGCCACUUCUCGCAAGACAUAAGCUAGUUAACUCAGUAUUGCAAGAAGAGCUGAAGACGAUACACGCAUUCAGCCAGAAAACGUUAACUGUCGAACAGUGGAAAAAGUGAUUUCAAUGUAAAUACAAUCGCAUCAAACCAUC